GGACACCCUGUAUAUUUUAGAUGAAGCAGUCUAUUUGAUGUUGGAGUACUGUCCUGCAGGUCGUCUUUGGGAUGUUGUUCAACCUCUAGUUCAGCAACAGCUUCAACACUACCUUCAAGUUCCAGUAGAUGAAAGCUUGGCAUCAAAUCCUCGAAGAUGUUCUGUACUAAAACCGUCCGAGUCCUUCAUCAUCCAGCGGACAAAGAGCGCCCUGGAGGACAAGAGCGUUCUAGAGGACAAGAACGUCCUCGAGGACAAGAGUUUUUUAGAGGACAAAAGCUUGGUGGAGAUCAAGUGCACGUCAGAGGAUGACUCAGACCAAGGAGAUAUGAGUUUUGUCCACACAGAGAAUUCUAGUCUUUUAGUUGUAUCAGACAAUCAAAUUGAUCAUUAUCAAUAUGAAGCUGAGAAUAACACAGUAAGUAUUUUCACAAAUGGAAAAAAAAAAUAUUUUUUGUCUUACGCUUAA